AUGCGAGUGACCGACAGAUUUGAGGCUUUCAUCCUGUCCAUGCACCCAUGGAGGCGCCAGCCGGAAGACGCACUGCAAGCAACGGCCGAGACGCUGAAGUUGCCCUCCGGACAGGUCACCAAGGCUCAGCCGAAAGAAGGCCUUUGGAAGGCCGUGGACGAGAAGCUGACAAAGGAGGCCCCAGACGAAGCGCUGGCCUUGGCCAACGCGGAGCUGGCAAAGGCGCAGCAGGCCCGCGCGGCCCGAUGCCCGCUCAGUUGA